CAUUGCUAAUCAAAUCGAUUUGUCGCAAUGUGUGGGCCGGCUCGUGGAAGCUUUUCAAACACUGCUGCUUGAAUGAAUUGCAUGGAAGGAAGAAUUGAAAAAAAAAGAAGCCCGCUUGGAGAGAACUUUUCUUCAAGCCAAAAUAGAGAGAGAAUGUUGUGUUGUCGAUGACGAGAAGAGAGCAAAACUGAAUAUUGCUCGGAAUAUUGUGUUUGAUAAGCUCCAGCGAAUGAACGAGGCAACAAUGAGUAGCGUGGACUCAGUGGCAACUCGAGUGGCAUUCGAGGAGGAUUGAAAUUUUGCGGAAGAAUGUCGUGCUUUUGGUGGAGUUUUGGGGCAAUGGGUUCUGCCGCCUCCAUCACCAUCCUCGUGCUCUACUUCGUGGUGGCAACAUCAUCCAGUCAGCUGCAGCUAAAUUCCAAUUGGACCCUCUUCAAUGCGAAUUCAAGCAUCAUCAUUGAGGAGAUCUCACUCCCUUCUGGUGUCUACACAGCCCUCCAAGAAGCCCAUCAUGUGGACUCUGUCCUGUAUUCCUACAACGAUGUCAAUCUCAGGUGGAUUGCAAUGGAAACCUGGACGUAUACUUUGGAUUUUUCUGUCCCAAAGGAGAUUUUCAAUUCCGAAUACAUCAUCCUCACCCUCCACGGAGUUGAUACAGUGGCUGAGGUGUCAUUCAAUGGUGUCAUGUUGCAGACAUCAACAGGGAAAGAUGAAUUGGAUAAUAUGUUCACACGCUACCGAUUUGAUGUAAAGCGUUACGCUGAGGAUCCUUUCUUUGAGGGCAGAUCCUACAUAAGUAUCACGAUAAAAUCCCCAGUAGCUGCUGCCAAAGCCCUGGCGCAGAAGCAUCUAAUUACACCUCCGGAAUGCCCACCGAAUGUCUACCACGGAGAGUGCCACAUGAACUUCCUGCGAAAGAUGCAGGCGAGCUUCUCAUGGGAUUGGGGUCCAGCAGUUCCAUCGUCGGGCAUUUGGAGGCCUGUUGUGCUUGAGUACUACGACUCUGUGCUCAUUAGGGACAUCACAGUGCGUCUGGAGGAGGAUUUGAAGGAGAAAGUGUGGCAUGUGGAGGUUGUGGUUUACAUGGAAGCAGGAACGGCGCUAAACACCGUUCAUGGGGAUCUCCGGGUGAUCCUCGCUGACUUCCCAGGGACGAAGAAAGAGCUGAAUUUGAAUGAGAAAACCGAUAAGAAUGGAGAGUUGGCCAUCAAGACAACACUGGAUGUGCAAUCGAAGGAUGUGGAGUUGUGGUGGCCAAAUGGCUACGGCAGGCAGAAGCUUUACGUUCUUCAGGCUGUCUUUGAUCCCCGCGGAAUGUCAUCUUUCUAUCCCAUGAAUCAAGAACAAGUAACUAAAAGUGUAAAGAUUGGCUUUAGGACAAUUGAAGUCGUGCAGGAAGUGAUGGAUGAUGACCCGAGCAAAGGAUUAUCAUUCUUCUUCCGCGUCAAUGGGGUGCCGAUCUUCAUGAAGGGCACCAAUUGGAUUCCCUCGAGUAUUCUCCCCGAGAAAUCCUUCACACCGUCAAGAGUGAAGCAACUCCUGAGUGCUGUAAAGACCUCCCACAUGAAUAUGAUUCGUGUCUGGGGCGGAGGAAUCUACGAGGAUGAUCGCUUCUACGAACUCACCGACACCUAUGGGAUUCUCAUUUGGCACGAUCUUAUGUUCGCCUGUGCCAUGUACCCGGUUUUCCCGGAUUUCCUGGCAUCUGUGCGCGAGGAAGUACGUCAGAAUGUUCGAAGGAUCCAAAGUCAUCCCAGUGUGGCCAUCUGGGCGACAAAUAAUGAGAAUGAAGUGGCUCUCGUGCAGAAUUGGUAUCAAACCAGUCACGACCGGAAGCGCUUCGAGGAGGAAUACCGGAAGCUCUACAUUGACGUCGUGAAAGCCGAAGUGGAAGCCAAUGAUCCGUGGCGUGAAUGCCUCAGUUCAUCCCCAUCAAAUGGGCGGAACACCGAGGCUGAGGGAUGGAUCUCCAAGGACCCUCAGGAUUGGCACUACGGUGACAUUCACUACUACAACUACGAUCUCGAUGCGUGGGAUAACACAAUCUACCCACGACCACGAUUUGUGUCUGAAUACGGCUUCCAGAGUCUUCCCUCCCUCAGUUCCCUGGACAGUAUUCUCUCGUCGCGCGACAAUAUGUCCCAAAUGAUUGAUCAUCGGCAGCAUUCCCCACUACGGAACUUCCCAAUGGGCAUCCUCAUAAGGCGACACCUCCCCCUGGAAAGCAUAACCGGAGAUCCACGAACAGUUCUCGAGGCAUUCAUCUACUUCAGUCAGGUUAGUCAGGCCAUGGCCAUUAAGACGGAAACGGAGGUUUAUCGUGCCAAUCGCAUUGGCCCCAUGAACACAAUGGGGGCGCUUUUCUGGCAACUCAACGACGUCUGGGUGGCACCAUCGUGGUCCAGCAUUGAAUUCAAUGGCAACUACAAAAUCCUCCAGCACUGGGUGCGUCAAUUCAUGGCGCCUCUGCACAUCAUCCCCCUUGUGGAUCGCGCCAAAAAUGUCCGCAUCUACAUUGUUCGGGACUCCCUGGGAGUCAAUCAAACGCUCACCGUGAAACUUCAUCUCUACAAUUGGGGAGGAUUCGAUGUGAAGCUUGAGAAAUCUUGGACGUUAAAUAUGAUGGAGAACACAGCUGUUCUCCUGGACACGGUGAACUUUGCGAAUAUUUUCGGAUCGCAGGUGAUGGAAAAAUCCGGCUUUAUCUACUUCCUCAUUGAAGAUCCUGCCCACAGGAUAAUUUCCACAAACUUCAUCUUCCCGGUGAAGCUGCGCGACGCCGAAGGGAUUCAGGAUCCCCACAUUGACGUUGUCAUUGCCUCCACACGCUGCAGCUUCUCCGUGAGCCAAAUCUCCCUGGAAGUGAAGGCCCGGGCGCCGGCGAUCUUCGUUUAUCUGCAAAUCUACAACAGCGAGAUCCCCCGGUAUACCCUUUCGAAGAAUGGCUACAUCCAGCUGGAGCCCGUCCAGAUGAUCCGGUUGGAAUUUGAGAAUGACAACUGUUACACGCAGCUGGUGAAGAAUGAUGUGCGCAUCCUCACCAUCAAUGACUACCUCAAGACAAUUUAAUAAUAAUUUUAUUUUGGAAGUUUAAAGAAUGCAAAAAAGUGAGAGAUUUUAGCCACAAUGUCAGGCAUUCCGUUCAAGUGAUAAUUUUUCCAUUGCCGCCCGGAGAUCAUUCACUUCAUUCGUGUGGGCAUAGCUCUCCGGAAUGCCGGCAAAGACUUCCUGGAAUUCCUUGAGAUGCUCCCUCCCGAGAGCCUUUGCAGAUUCUGUAUGAAAAAAAAAUAUUAAAAGAAAUAAAUAUUAUUUGUAGUCUUAA